GAUACCCCCCCUCUCAUUUGUAAGAAAGUAAAACGAGAGAUAGACACCCACACAAACACACACAGAGUGGGCCUUUUUUUGUUUUUUUUGGGAGACAGUAUUAGUUAGUAGUCGCUUAGCUCUCUUUUGUUUCUCCACCUGCUACUUGCAAGGUAGUUUAUCAGUACACACAUUGUUGAGGGUAUAUUUUUUUUUUUUGUAAAAAAACUUGUUCUCGAGGUAGUCAGAGAAGACGAUCUGUCACUCUUCUAUUACAAAGAGGCGAAGAUUCUAUCAUUUCUGAUGUUUUUGUGUUCUGGGGUUCGUUGAAGACCUUUUCUUUGGUGAAAUGUGGUGUGUUUUGAGGCUAGUAACCGAUGUGCACUAUUUUUAGAAUGAAAUUCACUGAAAAAAUAGGAAUAAUUGACGUUAUGAUUCUUCUUUUCUUUCCGGUGAAGAUUUUGAGUCGAGAUUUGAUUUUCAUCUCAUAGUAUUCCAUCGUUUCCAGCACUUAAAAAAGUUCUCUAAUCAAAUUUGGUGCAGGGAACUGGUCCUUUUGAAACUCUGGGGGUUCUCCUUUUCAAGCUUGUUAGUGUUUAUGUCCUAGAGAAUGCUAAAGACUGAAGCUUUAUAAUUAAUGAUUCUUGGGUUUGAGCUAAAAUCUUGAGUUAUAAAGAGUUUCGAAGGCGUGUGCUGUGGAGAUUUUGUUGAGCUUGUGGUAUCAUUUAUAGGGUCUCGUGGGAGGUUUUGAGGCUUUUUAGGUCCUAAUGGGGAAAAGAAGAUACAGUACUCAAAUUAGCAACAACAAAGACACAUCUUCACUGCUUUUUCUGUUCAUUCUUUGCUUAUACUACACAACUGUACAAUGCCAAGAAAGUAGUAAAGUCACACCUCCAUUUCCUUCUACACCAACCCAUUCCAAGAAUGGACUCAAAAGAAUACUUGUAAGCAUCUUUUUAGGAGUCUUGACUGGAUUGACAGGAGCCGUUGUUUUUGCUUUUGUAGUCCGUUUCCUGGUCCGGUACAUGAAGAGAACUCCAAUUCUCAAAGGCCCGGUUAUAUUUUCUCCAAAAAUCACUCCUAAAAGUCUUCAAUCAGCUCUUGAAAAUGAGAAUCAGUUGCUAGGUUCAAGCUCCAAUGGAAAGUAUUACAGGACUGUGCUGGACAAUGGGCUAACCAUUGCUGUCAAGAGGUUUGAGCCAUUUGAGAUUGUCUCCCCGGAGAGGCAGAGCAAGUCAGUGAAGAGAAGGAUACAGCAGGAGCUGGAAAUGCUAGCUAGUUUGAGACAUCGGAAUCUGAUGAGUUUAAGGGCUUAUGUUCGCGAACCAGAUAGGUUCUCUUUGGUUUAUGAUUGUGUGCCAACUGGGAGUCUUGAAGAUGCAAUGAACAGAGUGAGAGAGAAUGAGUUGCAGCUCGGGUGGGAAGUUCGACUACGGAUUGCCGUUGGGGUUAUCAAAGGGCUUAGGUAUCUUCAUUUUGAUUGUGUCCCUCAGAUUUUGCAUUAUAAUUUGAAGCCUAGGAAUGUGAUUUUGGAUGCUGAGUUUGAACCAAGGUUGGCUGAUUUUGGACUGGCUAAGCUUACGCCUAAUCUGGAUAGAGCUACAUCUGGAUAUAGUGCUCCUGAGUGUUUCCAAAAUUGCAGGUAUACGGAUAAAAGUGAUGUUUUCAGCUUUGGGAUGAUAUUGGGCGUUUUGUUAACUGGGAGGGACCCUACCGAUCCAUUCUUUAGGGAAACAGCUAGUGGGGGUAGUUUGGGUCCUUGGCUUCGGCAUUUGCAGCAAGCAGGGGAGGCAAGGGAAGCGCUUGAUAAGAGUAUUCUUGGGGAAGAAGUUGAGGAAGAUGAGAUGCUCAUGGCAGUGAGAAUUGCUGCUGUUUGUCUAUCAGAUAUGCCUGCAGAUAGGCCUUCAAGUGAUGAGCUUGUCCCCAUGCUAUCUCAACUGCAUAGUUUUUGAAAGGAAAUGCAAGUAAAAUUGCUAAAAUCACAAGCCUGCUGAUUUUGUGAAAAUGGAAUUUUAUCUUGAGGGCUUUGGUUUGCAAUCCAUGUGGAGCCAACUCUUUUCUCAGAUUGGUAAGAGGUCGAGAUGUGGUCCGUGUGGAGCCCUAUGGUUGUCGCCUUUUUUUUUGGGUGUCCACCAAUUCUUGAAUUUGGAAGCUUUGCUCAUCGUCAUAUAGCAGUAGUUUACAGUGUUGUAUACCUAAUUGACGCUGUAACUGAAGAUUGGUAGCCAGGGAGAUUGCUAAUUCUAGAGAAAAAAACUUAUCAUCAAAUGACUACGUGGGACACAAUCUUGCAUUAUUGUGUUCCUCUUCUAAUGAUGGUGGGGUGGUGUUGGCUGUCUUUGUUUGAACAUAACUUUUUUGAAAUUGCACGUCCUUUCACCUUGAUAAAAAUCCUGCUGUUCUCUUUUUUAUCUACUUUGUCUAGCAAAGGUGAUGUCAAAUCUAAAGCAAAUGUCAUGAACCUUUAAACUUUAUUGCAUCAAAUUAGAUCCAAUUGUGGUCUGAUCUUUGUUGAA